CCCCUCUCUCUCUCUCUCACACACACACAAACCCUUUCCAUGGACCCACCCUAUAAAGUGACCAUACAAUGGUGGCCUGUGGCCUGCGUCUGAAGGCUGGUUUGCCUCCCGGACAGGUGUGUGAACACUGGGGCCCGGGGCCUUGCAGGGUGGUGAGGGUCUCCCCCUCGCCCUCACCCCCUGUCCCAGUCAGUCUGUGUCCCCCUGCCCUGGGGCCGGAAGGCCGGGAGGAGCCGGACGUAGGCCUGGCCUCGGAGGAUCCGAGUGCCCCGGCCCUCCUGCCAACGGGUGGAGGGCUGGGGAGCUCCGAGCCUGGCCCUGGCACGGCGACUCGGCGCAACGGAGCGAGGACCAGCCGGCGCAAGCGUGACGUGGUGCUCUCGAUGGUCCACAGUGUCCACAACCACGUGUCCAAUGACAGGAGGUUCAACGGGGCAGAGAGCAUCAAGUCAGCCUGGAACAUGGGGGUGGUGAAGUUCUUGCUGGAGAGGUUGAAACGGCAGCUGUCGGCCAGCCCGCACCCCCGGCCCUACACCGACAAGGAGCUGAAAGGUGCCUGUGUCGCCUAUUUCCUCACCAAGAGGCGAGAGUACCGCAACGCCAUGAACCCCCACAGAAGCCUGAAGGAGCGCGAGGAGAAGAAACUGCGGAGCCGGAGGUACCGGCUGUUUGCCUCUCGGGCGGCCAUGGUGCGCUUGUUCAGCCUGGAGGACCAGCAGCUGUGGGAGGGGGCCAGCGAGGAGCUGAUGUCGGACGAGGAGGACAGCCCGCUGGAGCCGGGCGUCUGGGUCGCCCGCAGCCCCCGCUUCCGCUCGCCCCAGCUCACUGACCUCUGUCGGCGGCUGGACGCCAGCUCCCGGCACGGCCUGCGGCCCAACCGACUGGUGGGCCCCCCCUCCGAUCGCCUGCCCUCCCUGCCCCUCCCUUUGAACUUCCCACUCCCACUCCCCCCCCAGGCCGAAGGGAGGCCGCCCUGCAUCCAGGUGAAGGUGGAGGGAGAUGAGUGAAUACCGGGAGCUGGAGAGUGGUGGGGGGGGGGGGGGGGUCCUCAUCUCUCCCAAGUCUCUGGUGAGGAAGACGAAUGCGAGAAGCGGAGACGUAGAGUGUGUAGUGAAGGAAGUGUGUCACGGAGAUGGGGAGGGAGGGGUCAUUGAAACGGGGAGAAGCCCUUAGAAAGGCAGGGAGGGAUCAUGGAAUCGGGGACCACUGAGGAUGGGGAAGGGUGCAGGGGGGGUGGGGUGGCUCCCAUAUGGAAUGCAUUGUGCGCAUUGAGUCUCAAUCCCAGCUCCCACCUAAACCACCACUCCCCACCCCCUUUCCCUCGAAGCCACGCGGUCUCUCAGUGACUGAAAUCCUCCCGCGCACAUACCCUUUGUUGUGCGCAACUGGAAUUUUCUUUUGUAUAAUGUUAAUAUAAUUUUGAAAUUCCGCUAAUAUAAUUUUGAAAUCCAUGUUAAUACUGAAUUGUGAAGUACUCUGUAAUUAAUUAUGUGCCAAUGAAUAUAAUCCUUAAUUUUUCUAAAUAAUAAAUGUACCAUGGCCUUUUCUUUGGAAAAUUUUAGAGCUUCAGAGAUUUACAUUAUCCAUGUUUCAAGUUACAACACUGUUACAAAUUUUAACAAUAAACACAGAAUGGGAGUCGGGACCUCAUCGUUAAUAAACCAUCAGCCCGCUGAACACCGACGCCAUCUAGUCGAAUGCCCAGCAUCGACUGACUGCCUGGCAUCGUUCACUUGUUCGGUGAGUUGUGGUUUAAUGUGGGAAAAUUCAGUAUACUAAUUUUUCUUUGGGAUAAGCAAUCUUUCAAAAGAAAAACACGAUAUUAUAGGUAAUUUUAAAUGAAUAUUGUUAGAGCAAAAUAAACUUUAAAAGUGCGGCACUACUUUCAGGCCUUGUAAAGAUUUCCCGCUCAGCGUAUGGUUGGUCCACACAGUGGAAAAAAACCUUAGAGGAAGUGUUACCCCUCUACUCCACUCCGUCCAGGACUCCCCAGGGGUUAACUUGAGGGUUGAGAAGGUGGUAAGGAAGGCAAAUGCAAUGUUAGCAUUCAGUUCGAGAAGGAGCAGAAUAUAAAAGCGGAGGUAACGCUGAGGUAUUGGUCGGACUGCGCCGGGAGUGUUGUCCAAGGAAGGGUGUGUCGCACGGGGAGACGGUUUGGAGAUUUGUGAGAAUGAAACCGGGAGUUAAAGGGUUAACGUUGAAUGUCUUGGAGUUCAGAAGAGGGAGCUGUUUCUGGACUGGACACGGAAAGGCUGAGAUAGAGCUGAUGUCGGGAGUCCAGGAGCAGAGGGCACAGUCUUAAAAUUGAGGAACGUCCACUUAAAAGAAAUGAGGAGGAAUUUAUUUAGCCAGAGAGUGGUGAUCUAUGGCAUCCAUUGUCAUAGUUGGCUGCUCUGACAUUCGGGUAUAUUUAACGCGGAGGUUGAUAAGUUAAUUAAUAAGUAAGUCAAAAGUUAUGGCUAAUAAAUCAGCCGUAAUGGAAUGGCGGCGCGGACUAGAAGGGCCGAAUGGCAUAAUUCUGUUCCUAGCUCUUAUGGGCACACUUCCCCCAACCCCUCAGCUGCUCUCCCGAU